UACAAGAGAAUGGUUGAAAUAAUUCCAACACAUGUGAAGGAUGUCUACAUCUGCCACAUUAAGCAGUUCAAAGACCAUCGUGGAAUGCUCUGUGAAUUAUUCAACAUGGUCAAAUAUCCAGAAGAAAUAAGAAAACACUUCCCAAUUCAACAGAUUACUUGGGUGACCAAUAGAAAAUUUGCCCAUCGUGGACUCCGUAUAGCUGCUUACUCAAAACUCUUAACCUGCAUCAAAGGUUCAGUUUACGAUGUGGUUGUUGACACGCGACCAGACUCCAGCACUUACCUACAAUGGGUAGGUGUAACUCUGAGUGAAGAGAAUGGGUACCAGCUACUCGUACCCCCUGACUGUGGACAUGGUUACCUAGCCCUGGAGGAGGGCUGUGCAGUUGUCUACUGCCAGGGUGGAUGUUUCCUGCCGUCAGUUCCUGAAAAAUCUGUCCAUUUGUUUGAUAAAACUGUAUCAAUUGACUGGCCUUUUAUUGAGCAGAAAAACAAUUUUCUGAUAUCAGAGAAAGACUCAAAAGUGCCCUUCUUAAAUGUGGAUAUAGAAAAAUUUAAACCCAAUCGCAAAAGAAUUCUGAUUAUUUCUUCAAAAGGUCAAGGUGAGUGAUUCUCUGAAAGGU